AACUAGACCAAAUCUAAAUUUAGAUUUAAAAAUUUUAAGACCGGAACCAGCCAGCCCAAAGUUUAACAGGUCUACUUGUAUGUAUCCUCCAAAAGAAGCGGCAGGGACGACCAACAAAGUAACAAACCCCCUGAAAAUUACAAUGACAACGUGUAGCUCAAAAUUCAAGUUUCCCGCCGCGAAGGCCAGGACCGCCUUUUACCUAAUAACAGCCACUGGCCUCACUGUCCAUGCUGCCAACCGCCUCAAUUUCACGUUUCUGCCAUCUCUCGAUCACUCAUCUUCUCUCUUUCCUGACAAAAUUAGGGCUGCAUUCCACGCCGUUAUUCAUUCUUCUCGCGCAAUCUCCACCAUUGCUUUCACUGUUGCAGACUAUAAGUAUUCUUUGCUAGCGCUGCCGGAAGAUUCCGACGAGUAUCGUCGCAAACUGUCUGAGGUUCAUUUACGUUCGGCCAAAAGAAUACUGAAAUUAUGUGAAGCCAAUAAAGGUUUCUACGUGAAAGCUGGUCAGUUUGUUGCUGCAAUGCGACAAGUACCAAAAGAGUACUCUUCCACCCUUUCCUCCUUACAGGAUCAGGCUGUUCCUUGUCAUUUUAAAGCCAUAAAGGAAGUAUUAAUCAACAAUCUUGGUCAGGAUUUAUCAAGGAUAUUCUUGUCAUUUGAUGAACAACCGAUAGCUGCUGCAUCUAUCGCGCAAGUACAUCGUGCUGUGCUAAAAGAUUCUCAACAAGUAGCAAUUAAGGUACAAUACCCUGGCCUAGAACAGCAGAUGACAAUCGACACAAUGACAAUGUCAUGCCUUUCAAAAUCUGUUGCAUGGAUUUUCCCUGAUUAUAGGUUUGACUGGUUGAUUUCAGAGUUCACAAAGGCUAUUUCUUCAGAACUUGAUUUCAUACAGGAGGCAGGAAAUUCAGAGAGAACUGCUAAAAAUUUUAAAAACAAGAACAUUGUGAAGGUUCCUCAAAUAUUUUGGGAAUUGACGACAAGACAGGUUCUGACAAUGGAAUUUUGCCAUGGGCACAAGGUUGAUGAUGUGGAAUUUUUGAAGGAAAUGGAAAUAAAUCCUGGAAAGGUGGCAAAAGCAUUGGUUGAAGUCUUUGCUGAAAUGAUAUUCAUCCAUGGGUUUGUGCAUGGAGAUCCACAUCCUGGAAACAUAUUUAUUUCUCCAGAAGGUCCAAAUCGCUUUUCCUUGGUUCUUCUUGAUCAUGGAAUCUACAAACAAUUAGAUGACAAAUUCAGGCACAACUAUUGCCAGCUCUGGAAGGCAUUGAUUCUUCAGGACUCGCAUCAAAUAGAGCAGCUUGGUGAAAGAUUCAAUGUUGGGAAGUACUCUAGAUACUUCCCAGUAAUAUUCACAGGAAGAACCAUUCACAGUAAAUCAGCUCUUGGGAAAGGAAUGUUGGCUGAAGAGAAAAAGGUUUUGAAGCAGGAUCUGAAGUCCUUAACAAUGGAGGAUAUAUCUUCAUUUAUGGAGUCUCUACCACCUGACUUCCUCACAAUAUUGCGUACAGAUGGUCUUCUGAGGUCAGUCCUGAGCAAGUUGGGCGCUUCUCAGCGAGUCAGGCUAUUAACCUAUGCCAAAUAUGCAGUAUAUGGUCUCCCUCGGAUGUUGAAUCCUGACUCUGAUUCUGCAAUAAAAUAUGCUUUUUCCAGUUUGAAGACAAAUGUGAGUUACCUUUGGUUACGGCUUAUUGUUGAGGUACUGGAUCUCCUUUCUUGGUUGAAGGAGGUAAAGCGGUUUCUGUAUACCUUGUGUAGAACAGUUUUAAGUGCUGCUGCGAUGGUGUAAGGGGUAUUUUGGCCAGAGGUGGAACUGAACUUGCAUUAUUCCCUUGCGACAAAUUGUAUCCUGGGCGUGCAUCAGGAUUCAGGACUGAAACUUGCAAGCAUGCUGUUGUAUUGAAAUGCUGUGUUGUCCAAAGGAAUUAUGACCUGCGAUAGUAGCCUGCUGCUUAGUCUUUAGUGCAUAUGCCCCACGAUGUAGGAAUUCGUAGAAGCUCACAUCUUUGUAACAAUAUAGUAAUUCAGAAGCUUGGAGAAAAAUAUAAAAGUGAUUUAGAUGUCUCACGUUAUUGCCUGGGACCCCGGCCAAAAUUCUUCUCUUAGGAAAUUUUUGAGCCUCCUUUAUUUUAGCUCUUCUUUUGAACUCCCACCAAUAUUAGUAGAUGGAAGAUAGAAAAACUCAAACCUCUUUUAUCUUUGUCUAAUUUUUCCUAUUUCAUUUUUUACUUUUUAUUUUCCUUAUAUGUUAUGUAUUACCUAAUUUUAUCACAAUGAAUGAAUAUUGAAAUUAAAAUUUUUAA